AUGAAGGAACGCAUUGAAGGGACAGCCCCGGCACCUACCACACGUCCCAAAACCAUUUACCAGUGGAAGACAGAUGAUGUUGAAAAGUGGUUGUCACGCCGAUGCCCAGAACUCGCCUGUCAAUAUGGAGGUGCUUUUCGACAGCACGAGAUCACUGGUCGUGCACUGGUUCACAUGAAUGAGGGCUCACUGCUUCAGUUGGGAAUCACAGACCUUGAGGGAUGCAGUGCUAUCUGGCGGGAGAUCCUCAAGCUUCGUCUGAAGACUGAUAUCCUUGAAAUGAAGGAGAUAGAAAACAGCAAGCAGUGGAACCACUGGCGGAUUGACUCUUGA